AUGGCUACUAGUAAUUCGGUUAUUCAAAAACCAUUAUCAUUCGAACAAAUUUUCGAUAUAGUCAAACAAAAUGAAAAACCACGUUUUGACGAAGUUUAUCGUACAUUAUUAGUUAAACCAGAAGAUUUCACAAAGAUACCAGAUAAUGAAAGCUAUUCAAUUCUUCAUUAUCUUGUUAUAAAUGGCGACUUGGAUUUAUUCAAUAGAAUUAUUGCCAUACCAAAUAUACAUUUUAUGCUUUUAACACAAACUGCAACAAAACCAAGAAAAGAUGCUCUUCAAUUAGCAACUGACAAUCAAACAAAAUCUAGUGAUCAUAAAAAAUUAUAUGAAACAAUAGAUCGGCUUGUUACAUUGGAUAAAUUUGUUGGACAUGGAAAACAUAAACAAAUACAGGACUGUAGAAACAUGCUUCUUCAAGAUCCCGAUUUAAUUAAUCUAAAACCACCAUAUAGAAAAUUCUAUUUAAUUCAUCAUUUAGCUUACGAAAAUAGUAGAGAUGCGUUUGAUCAACUUAGAAAAUUAGGUGAAAUGGAAAUGACAUUAUUGACUAACGAUCAACAAACAGCAUCUGAAGUUGCACUCGAACAAAAACAUAAAGAAUUUGCGGCUUAUUUGGAAUCUCUAUCGCCUGAAAUGCGUAAUAUACGUGAACAACACGAACAAGAAAACCUCAAACGAGAUGCAGAGAGAAAAAAGCAAAGUGAAGUAAAACUCAAACAAGAUGAAAAAAUUGAAGAACAAAUAAGGAAGACGGAUGGAAAUAAUAUGCUAGCUUGUUUUACAUGUCCAUUAACAAAAGACAUUUUUCAAGAUCCUGUUGUUCUAUCGGACGGCUUUACUUAUGAACGAGCAGCUAUACAACAGUGGCUCGAUACAGGUCAUACUCGUUCACCAAUGACAAAUAUUGAAUUAACGAAUGUUGCUCUUGAGAGUUUAUUCAAAAAUGAACGUCGAAUAUUCGCAUGA